AUGGCCCUUGUUGCUGCUUCAUCCUCUUCCUCUGCUCAAUCCCUCCGCAAGAAGUAUGACGUUUUCAUCAGCUUUAGGGGUGAGGACACUCGCUUCGGCUUCACUAGCCAUCUUUAUCAUGCUUUCGACAGAAAAGGUAUCACAACCUACAUAGACUACCAGCUCGUGAGAGGAGAUGAGAUCGCACCAUCACUUCUGCAAGCUAUCGAGGAUUCAUAUGUAUCUCUGGUGGUGUUCUCUGAAAAUUAUGCUUCUUCAAGAUGGUGCUUGGAUGAACUUGCCCAUAUACGCCAUUGCAAAAGAGAUCAAGGACAGAUUGUUAUUCCUGUCUUCUUUAAAGUCGACCCGUCUCAUGUACGCAAUCAGACUGGCCUUUACCAGCAAGCAUUUGAGAGAUAUGAGAGAGAUCUCAAGGUUGACCAGCACAAGAUGCAAAUGUGGAAGCAAGCUCUUAAUGAAACUGCAAACUUAGCUGGUCACGACUCUCGCACAUUUAGGGAUGAAUUUGAAUUGAUUCAAAAGAUUAUCAAAGACAUACUGCAGAAACUGAAUCACAAGUACCCCCAGCUGAACUAA